AUGAUCACGAAGGCGGUCACAAACGCAACUUAUUUUCAUACCACUCCUCAGCCUGAUCAUCUUAUGUCGGAUCCUUUCCUUUCAUGGGCUGGUGGCGUUCUCAACAUUAGCAAAAGCGGCACACUAAUCUUUGUUCUCAUCCUCAUCUUCAUUGCCAUUAUAAUCGGGUGUGUUCUGCUAGUUUGCAUCUGCAAGUGUUGCUGCUCUAAGCGCCAGAAACACAGAGCUACAUACCAAAAAAUGCCGUCGCUCUAUGUAGACCAAUUGCCGGGGCAGGACGGCAAGGUGGAUGCCCUCGGCACGUUGGAAUAUUCUCUUGAAUACAGCAUGAAGACCAACGAACUAAAAAUUGGUGUCAUUCAAGUUAUGGAUUUAAAUGCUAAGUCAGCCUCCGAUCAGUUGGACCCCUAUGUUAAGGUGAUUCUUGUCAUCGAUGACCCUAUUGACAAGCCCAAACCAAAGCAGAAACAAAAGCCUCCAGUCUACAGAACGAACAUCAAGCAUGACUGCCAAAGUGCGUGCUUCAACGAGCAAUUCAAUUAUAAACUGCCGUAUGAUUGCCUCAAAUUGACUCACAUUCGCUUGAUCGUUUAUGACUAUGACACAAACCUAAAGGAUCUUCCUGUUGGUGAGGUUUUUGUCAGUCUGGAGGCGAUUCCCAUGGAGAACUACGUGGGAAAAACGUACGAAGCUGUGGGAUACCUGGGUCCAUCAACAGGUGCUGACGAUGAACCAGGCCAACUCUGCAUAGUUCUCAAACAUGUGCCUCAAGCAGAGGAGCUUCAUGUUCAUGUCUUAGAGGCACGUCAGCUGGCACUCCCUCUAAUGCACGGCAAGAAGUAUCCCGAGACGUUAGUCUCGGUUACCCUACACAUUGGAAAUAAGAAGCUUGCAAACAAAAAGACAGGCUUCCAUGAAGGCAGUGUUAAUCCGUACUUUGGCGAGAAUCUAAUAUUUAACGUAAAACGGGACAAACUUACAGUGGCAGAUCUAACUUGUAGCAUCAAGUAUCGAGCUCAUGGUGGACUGCUGAGGACCUUCGGAAAGGUUCAUCUUGGGACAACUGUGAACGAAGCUUCUAACCAAAAGCAAUGGCAUGAAAUGAUCCAGAGUCCAGGCAGACCAAUAGCUAUGUGGCAUUCUAUAGUCCCCAAGAUCGAACAUCACUAA